AAGGGAGCAGGAUAGGGGUAGGCUACUUGACAUUAUUCCAGACCAGUUACGCGAAAACGAAGGAACCACUUGCACAGGGCUUUGGAAAAUCACAUUGGGAUACCACUGACUAAAUAGUUAGUAGAGAUCUGAAAUAGCUACUUAUUUUAUUAUUCUGAGUUAUGCGAUUCACCACAUGUGAGCUGGAAAACAUCGAAGGAUAAAAGAGAGAGUGUGAUAGUCAUGAAUUCGGCGGAACAGACAGUAACUUGGCUAAUAACGUUGGGGGUUUUGGAAUCGCCAAAAAAGAUCAUCUCGGAUCCAGAGGGCUUCUUGCAGUCAUCGCUUAAAGAUGGGGUGGUCCUGUGCAAGCUGCUGGAGAGAUUGCGCCCGGGGUCCGUUGAAAAAGUCUUGCAAGAACCUCGGAAUGACAGCGAGUGCCAGGUUAACAUCAGGGAGUUUCUAAAAGGCUGCGGCUCUUUCCGUGUAGAGCCCUUUGAGGUGAAUGAUCUCCUUCAGGGACUAAACUUCACCAAAGUGCUCAACUCUCUAGUGGCCCUGAAUAAAGCUACAGAAGAUAUUGGGUUGGACUGUGACAGCGUGUGUGCACGACACUCCUCCUCUCUGAGGAUUAAGUCAUUCGAGUCUCUCAGCACCCAGUCUCCUCACGGACGCUCCUCCAAGCUCUUGCAGCACCAGUAUCGCAGCCUGGACAUGUCAGAAAAUGGGGGGCUGCAGGUUCUGGUGAGGGCACGCUUCAACUUCCAGCAGACCAAUGAGGAUGAGCUCUCCUUCUCCAAGGGUGACAUCAUCAGCGUGAGCCGGCAGGAGGAUGGCGGCUGGUGGGAGGGGUCAGUCAGCGGCAGGACAGGCUGGUUCCCGAGCAACUACGUCCGCGAGGUCAAAGGCAGCGACAAGCCUGUGUCGCCUAAGUCCGGGACACUGAAGAGCCCUCUUAAAGGCUUGGACACAUCAGCCAUCAGCAAGACCUAUUACAAUGUGGUUCUCCAGAACAUUCUGGAAACAGAGACUGAGUACUCUAAGGAGCUACAGACCCUGCUGUCCUCAUACUUGCGCUCAUUGCACUCCUCAGAUGGACUGACCAGUGCAGACGUCAGUUACAUCCAGGGGAACCUGGAGGAAAUCUCCACCUUUCAGCAGAUGUUGGUCCAGUCCCUGGAGGAAUGCUCCAAGCUUCCAGAGAGCCAGCAGAGAGUAGGGGGGUUCUUCCUCAACCUCAUGCCCCAGAUGAAGGCUCUCUACAUGGCCUACUGCUCCAAUCAUCCCACUGCAGUCAGCAUCCUCACUGAACACAGUAAGGAGCUAGGGGACUACAUGGAGGGGAAGGGAGCCAACAGUCCAGGUAUUCUGACUCUGACCACCGGUCUCAGUAAAGCCUUCAUGAGACUGGACAAGUACCCCACCCUGCUCAAAGAACUGGAGAGGCACAUGGAGGAUCACCACCUUGAUCGUCCAGAUAUCCAGUUGUGUAUGACUGCCUUUAAAAGCCUCUCUGCACAGUGUCAGGGGGUUCGGAAGCGUAAGGAGUUGGAGCUGCAGAUCCUCACUGACUCCAUCAGACGCUGGGAGGGCGAUGACAUCACCACCCUGGGCUCGGUGCUUUACAUGUCCCAUACUGUGGUCCACAGCCAGGCCAGCCAGGAGAAAAAUGAGCGCUACUUCCUGCUGUUCCCUCAAGUUCUCCUUAUGCUGUCUACCAGCACCAGAAUGAGUGGCUUUAUCUACCAGGGCAGACUACCGAUUACAGGAAUGCUGGUCUCCAAACUGGAGGAUGGGGAGAUCCUGAAGAAUGCCUUUGAGAUAUCUAGCAGCCAAUGUGAGCGGAUGCAAGUAGUGUGUGACAGCCAGCAGGACCAGCAGGAGUGGGUGGAGCAUCUCCAGCGCUUGACCAAUAAGCACAACCUUGCCAUGGCCACUCCCACCUCUAAACCCCAGUCAGUUCCCUGUCACACGCUUCCGUCCCAGCCCCUGACUCCUUCCAGGCACUCCGAGAGCAGGGGGACCAGUGGGGCUCCGACCUACCACACCCUGCCCCACCCUUCCUCCCAUGGUUCCCUGCCUUGGCCCCCACUGGAGCCUCCCAGCACCCCCAAACCCUGGAGCCUCAGCUGUUUGCGGCCCGCGCCCCCACUCAGGCCCUCCGCUGCCCUCUGCUACAAGGAGGACCUGAGCAAGAGCCCCAAGAGCAUGAAGAAGCUGCUUCCUAAGAGGAAACCAGAGAGGAAGCCUUCUGAGGAGGACUUCAGCGUCAGGAAGAGUACGGCAGCUGCACUGGAGGAGGAUGCUCAGAUUCUCAAAGUCAUCGAGGCAUACUGCACCAGCGCUAAAACACGCCAGACACUCAACUCAACAUGGCAGGGUACCGACCUGAUGCACAACCAUGUGCUCGUCGACGCCGACCGGUCCAGCACGGAUGCCCCCGGCGGCCCGGUUAACACGACUCGGGGGGCGGAGCCGUGUUCCGACCUAUCGGAGGACUCAGACUAUGACAGUAUUUGGAACGCACAUAGUUACAGGACCACCUCUGUCUCCCGAUCCAGGAAGGAGUCAGGUGUGCACAUGCUUUUCCCAGAGGAGGAGAAGAUCAUUGUGGAGGAGACUAAGAGUAACGGCCAGACCGUCAUGGAGGAGAAGACCCUGGUGGACACGGUGUAUGGCCUCAAAGAUGAACUGCAGGAACUGAAACAGGACAACAAGAGAAUGCGAAGGACACUAGAGGAGGAGCAGAGGGCCAGGAAGGAACUGGAGAAGAUUGUGAGAAGGGUGCUGAAGAGCAUGAACGACCCUUCCUGGGACGAGACCAACCUCUGAGACUCUCAUGAUGUCACAUAGGGUGAGGAAACGUCCAAUCAGAACGUGUCAACGGGGACCACAUGACCACAAAGCCAUCCUGUAAGGCUGUAAAACUGUGAACUGAGACUGGCAGGAAGUGGUGGAAAAACCAUGCUUCCUGUUCUGAGUUGUAGAGCAAGGUCUCAGGGAAACCAAAACAAACAUGGCAGGUUGUCCACAAAUAGACUAGCAAUAGCAAUGAAUAGAAUAGCAAUGGCAAUAAUUUCCUCAUUUGAUGCUCUAUUUGAAGCUCUUCUCCCCCACAUUCCUCUAAGCUUUGUACUAUAGGAAACUAUGGCCAACCCUGACUGGGAAACACUCUUUUCUCAUUCCAAAUGUUUCCAAUGGAAAACUCGAGCAAUACAGUACUGGAACAUUAUGCUGAUGUGAUUUAAAAGUUUUUUUUUAAAGGUUUGAAACCUGUCUAAUUGUCUAAUAAAUACUGUGGAUGCAUUGGAAUCAUAUUUACAAAGCUAUCCUGGAAUCUUUUUACUUAGAUUAAAAAUGUUUUUGUCACUUAUUAUUUAUAGAGAAAUUAACCUCGAUAUUUCAAAUUAAUGUCAUGAAGUGUGCCUUGGAGAGGUUACUCUAAGUGGCUGACAUUUCUGGCAGACUCCUAUGCUAAAAGACUAAAAUGCAACAUGACCAAUUAUGAACUGUAAUGCAAGCGACUGUCUUUCUGGUAUAAUGUUUAACUCAUUAAUUUAUGUAUUUAAGAAAAUUGACGGAAGUGUGUGUGUGUGUGUGUGUGUGGGCAUGCGUGUGUGUGGGCGUGUGCUUACAUGUGUGUUGGGGGCGGUAUAGGACUGUCACUGUCAUCCAAUGAGGGUCAUGGGGUAGCUCUACACUCAUUGGCCGGGUUUGUGUCUCUGAAUAAAACCAGUCAAUUGAA